GGAGUGUGAGAGAAUGAGGGAGAGGAAGGGGAGGAGAAAGAGAAUCUGAGAGGGAGCUACACAGGAGCAGCACAGUGCUGGGAUGCUGCAGCUGAGAGCGGAGGGGUAACGCGGGGGGGCUUCGUCAUUGACAGCUUAGACAGAUGCAGAAUGUCAGAGGAAUCCAGGAUGUAGGAAUAUGGGGAUGACAUCACGGAAGAAAUGAAGACACAUGCAAGCCUGAGGAAAGAAGCUGGACAGUGAGACUGCUGAGCUGGGCUGUCACUGUUUCAGUGGCCCCCCCGGACUGGGUGGAGAUGUAUGCCUUUUACUCCCUGUUAGUCUACAUCUUCUACACCGUCUUCAAGAAGGAAGAGGAGGAGGAGGGAGCUGAGGAGGAGGCGUGUGGAGCUGCCUCCAAGGAGCCAAGACAUGUUUCCAUGGAAACAGGGAGCAGGAGGAGAACUGGCCACACCCCCAGGAAGAAAAAAAGGGAAUGUGCCCGGUUGAGUGACUCAAGCAGUAGCAGUGAAAGUGACGGGCUAUCCCCAAGUGAUGAUGACGAUGGUGGCGGUGACAUCCCAGAUAUCCCAGCAUGCACCCCUCUCGCCGCUUUCCUGUCCUUCAAGCAGGAGGCGGAGAAGAGGAGGGCUUCCCAAGUUCAGCUUGAGACAACAGGAAAGUUGUCAGAGUCUCCCCUGGUGGCAGUCAUGUCCCACUUGCUGAGUUUUCUGGAGCAGUACUCCCACCUCCAGCAGCUGCAGCAGCAGGCCGACCAGUACCGAGUCCAGUUGAAGAGGCAUCGGGCGCAGCACCGGCGCCAGAUGAAGGCCCUGCGGGCCUCCUACCGCCAGCGCCUCCGAGACAAGAACAGCGUCAUCAACAGCUUGGAGGAAGUCCUCACCAAGCAACAGAGUCCGAGCCCAGCAAGCGAGGGUGAGUGCAGCACGUCCCCAGGGGCCCCUGCAGGCCUCCACAGGCUGGUGGAGUCUCUCUAUGGCCUCCAGGGGGAGAAAAGCAAGCUGAGAGGGGAGCUACGACUGCUGCACUCCCAGCUGGAGCAGAGGGAACAGGACCGGCACUCACGCGUACUGGCCUUCCAGCAGCAGAUUGAUGAGUUGAAGAGCUGCAUCGAGGAACGUGAGGAGGAACUGUCCAGACUGAAGACUGACUCUGGGGCCACAGAUUCUGAGAAGCGUGUGGUCUGUCUGUCUGCGGAAAACGAGAGUCUGAAGCAGAGCCUGAGUGUCACCCAGGGCAUCCUGCAGCAGCUGUCCAUCAUCCCCUCCCAGUCCAGCUCCGUGCUCAUCAAGGAGAAUGAGAACCUGCGGAGCCGGGUACAGCAGCUCGAGAGUUCCCUCCAACACCGCGCCGAGCAGUUGUCGCACCUGGAGCGUCAGAGCGAGCAGAGCGAGUGGAGGAAAGGAGAGGAGCUGAGGAGACGAGAGGAGAGAGUGAGGGAGCUUCAACUGGAGCUGGAUAAGGAGAGGGGCAGGGAGCCGCUAGUCAAGUAUGUCACUCAGACAGUGGAGGUGGAGUCUCCUUCCACGCUGAGGCAGUUGGCCGAGGCCAGAGAGAAGAACGACCUGCUGUCAGAGAAGUUGUCCAAUCAGAACGAGCGGUGCAAACAGCUGGAAGAGCACAUCAGGAAAUCAGAUGAAUACAGCUGUAAUCUGCAACACAAGAUUGCCGCCUACGAGAGAGAGAUCAGUAAACUCCGUGAGGAGCUGCUGAAGGAGAUUGGUCACCUGGAGGAGAAGAAGGAGGAGGCGGUGAAGGCAGCAGCCAACUGCUCAGCAGAACACUUCCAGAGCCUCCAGGAACAGUUUUUCAGUCUGCAGGAGCGCCUCAGCGCGCUCCCUCCAACCCUGCGCACCAUGAAGACAGAUUACGCCAGCCUCAGGAGCCAGGUCCGCAACUUCUCUGAUUUCUACGGAGCGGCCAUCACCGACGCCAAGAAACAGAUCUCAGCUGCUAUGAGUGAAAUGUCUGAAGCAAAUAAAGACCUUCUGGAAAAGUACAGGAAGGAGGUGGCCCUUCGCAGGAAGUACCACGAGCAGCUGGUAGAGCUCAAAGGCAACAUCCGUGUGCUGUGUCGUGUGAAGCCAGUGUUGAAGGAGGACCAGCAUGAGGAGGGCCAGUCAGUUGUGGUGACCACAGACCCCCUCAAUGAGUCAGCACUAACGGUGAUGAACAAAGGAAAGGGCCGGAUCUUUGAACUGGACAAAGUCUUCCACCCUCAGGCUACUCAAGAAGAGGUGUUUCAGGAGAUUGAGCCUCUUGUCACAUCAUGCAUAGAUGGAUAUCAUGUCUGCAUCUUCGCCUAUGGGCAAACUGGGUCUGGGAAGACCUACACCAUGGAGGGAAGUGUGGAGAACCCAGGCAUCAACCAGCGGGCCCUGAAGCACCUGUUCAGUGAGAUCGAGGACAGGAAGGACAUGUGGACGUACACUGUCAGUGUCAGCUCUGUGGAAAUCUACAAUGAGGUCCUCAGAGACCUUCUCAGUAAGGAUGGAGAGAAGCUAGACAUCAAGAUCAACCCUGAUGGAACCGGGCAGCUGCAUGUCCCUGGCCUCAGAGUCAUUGAGGUCAAGAGCUUCCAGCACAUCAAGAAGAUCUUAGCGAUGGCCCGUCGUAACCGGAUCACCUUCGGCACCCAGAUGAACCAGCACAGUUCCCGUUCUCACGCCCUAUUGUGCAUCUCAGUUCUGGGCACAGACCUGGCCACCGGGGCAAAGACCACAGGCAAGCUGAACCUGGUUGACCUGGCUGGUUCUGAGCGGGUGUGGAAGUCUGGGGCGGAGGGUGAGAGGCUGAAGGAGGCCCAGAAUAUCAACCGCUCCUUGCUGGCUCUGGGGGACGUGAUCCAGGCCCUGAGGGGGCGGCAAACACACAUCCCCUUCAGGAACUCCCGCCUUACCUACUUGUUGCAGGACUCCCUGGGAAAAGGCAACAAGACAGCCAUGGUAGUACAGGUGUCUGCUCUGGAUAGUAACGUGGGAGAGACGCUGUGCUCCCUGAAGUUUGCCCAGAGAGUGUGUAAGGUGGAGUUGGGGCCGGCAGCACGAAAGAUUGAGGCCGGAGGAGGCCAUUGUGACUCCUACUCCUAAAUCACCCACUUCCUGUUCCCAUGGAUCCCCAGGAAACCCAGGGACUCCCACCAAAAAACUGACAGAAGCAUCCCCAGAGGCACUCAUCUCUAUCAGUCAUUGUCACAGCUAUCAGCUCUUAUAAAAAACAAUCCUGCAAAGGGCUAAUGCUUUGAAGGUCUCCAUAACAUCAGGAUUGCCAUUUCAAAGUGUAUAGUUGGGAUUAAAACCAGCAAGAGGUAGAAAGCUCCAUCUCUUUGACCAUCGGCUGAUCCGCCUGCUGCAGUGUUCAUCUGUGUACACAACACCCCGAGUACCAAGACAACUUCCGACUCACCAGUGGCUACAUUUGAUUCUUCCCACAAGAAAUGCUGUUGCCCAUGUCUACAUCGCUGAAGCCCAGGGUUUUUUGACUGAGACUCCACUAAACAUCACUAUGCUUAAAGCUGCUUCAUAAUAGGUUUGGCAU